GGCUGUAUCCCGGUGCAUUUUUUCAUCCCCUGGCCCUGUGUACCAGAACACAGCAACGCCCAAAACGUGCCGGCAGCCUCAGCAGCACCUCUGCCUUCACACUGAGGCUGCUCGGGAAAGCAACUGUUUCCCCGGCUGUCGGGUGCUUUCAGCCCUGCAGUGGGCCCGGGGGACAACACAGCACCUCACACUGAAAAUGCCGCCCCCACGGCCGCCUGACAACGGGACGUGGCUUCUCUGCCCAGGGGCAGCUCCCGCCCCGGGCCCCCGACAGCAACGAGCGGGGCUGCCCACGAGUGUCCCUGAGGUUUAAAAAUGUCUGACCAGAAAAGUAUUGUACAAAGAGCCCAUUGUAUUGAAAAACUACUGUCUGAGAACAAUUUCCAAGAUAUUGAGGAUCAUCUUAAAGAACUUGAAAAUGUUGAUAUGACAAUAGAAUAUCUUCAGGGGACAGAAGUUGCCAAAGCUGUAUACAGAGUACUCAAGAGCUGCCCUUCAGUAGAGUUGAAAAGGCAAGCAAAGCAGUUAUUAUCAAGGUGGAAGACACUUUACAAGCGUAACUGUGUUCAGUCAGUGCAAGUUAAAAAGCCAGCUUCUGUGUGUAUGAAAGAGGAAAUUGAACAACAUACUGUGGUUCCUAGAGAGCAGUUGCUGUCUGAAGGACCAUGUCAGCAGGAGGUAUUAGAUGCUACUGGUUCUAAAAUUUUGGUCCCAUUGCAAACUGCUAAAAAUGUGGUAUGUAACAAUGCAGAAGGCAGCAUGGAUCAGGUUUCUUCUUUUGAGAAACAACAUACCCAUAAUGAAGAUUCUAAACCUCUUGCUAAUGAAGCGAGUCUGCAGCAGCAGGAUACGAUGAGAGCUCUGAGGUGUAAAUGUACAGAUCUUCUUUAUAAAGCUUUGACUGGUUCUGCCAAAGACGAAGAAGAAACUGAUAGAUGGCUAGAGCUAUCUAAAGAAAUUGAAGAACAUAUUUUUGCUCUUCAUGCUAAAAAUGACAAAAAGUAUAAAAAUUCCAUCAGAAGCAAAAUCUCUAACCUGAAGAACCCUAAAAAUUUCCACUUAAAACAUAACCUUUUUUCAGGGACUUUGAGUCCAAAGGCUUUUGCUGAGAUGACAGUGAUGGAAAUGGCUAGUGAUGAACUGAAACAGCUCAGGGCUUUGUACACAGAAUCAUCUGUUCAGGAACAUCAGCUUCCACAAGUUAUUAAUGGCACACGGACAAACAAAAUAAAGUGUAGGCGCUGUGAAAAAUUUGACUGCACUGUCACUACAAUUGCAAGAGGAACUCUCUUUCUUCCAGGUUGGGUGCGAAACACAAAUCCAGAUGAACAAAUGUUGACUUAUGUUAUUUGUAAUGAAUGUGGAGAACAGUGGUACCACAGCAGAUGGAUUUGUUUGUAACACUGUCCCUCCCUCUUUAUUAAGUGGUUUAGAAACAUAGAUAUGAGAAGGUAUCUCAACUAUAAUUUGAAAUUUUGUAUUGCUAUUAUGUAGAUGCUGCCCCGUAGAAGUGCAAAAUCAGUUUUAAAAAUUGCUAACUUAUUUUUGAAGGUGACUUGAAUAAAUAAUGUGGGUUUUAAGUAGUGCCAUUAUGUAAAGAAAUAAAAAAAGGGGAAAAAAAUGGUAACACU